AUGAAUAUUCUCUCAUUAAACAUAAGGGGAAUUAUCGGUGGAGCUAAAGCUAGUUGGGUUAAGGAGAUUAAAAAGUCUAAUAACAUUGGGGCUAUCGCUUUGCAAGAAACCAAAUUGGAGUCGGUAUCUAAAGAGGGUCUCGUGGGUUAUUGGGAUGACAAAAACUUUGAGUUUGCAUCUGCUGCUUCAGUCGGUUUGUCAGGGGGGUUGGUUUGGAUCUGGGACCCGGAAAUAUUUAAGGUGGAAGAAACAAUUCAGAAUAGGUGUUAUUUGAUUAUUAGAGGCUCGUUGGUUGGCAGUGGGGCGUUUUUGAAUCUUAUGAAUGUUUAUGCUCCGCAAAGUGUUGUUGCUAAAAGGCACCUUUGGGAUAACAUUUCGGCCAGGAUAGAUGAAUUCGAGGGUAAACGGGUCGUGGUGUUGGACUUUAAUGUUGUUCGGUCUGUGGAGGAGAGGAGAAAUUCUCAGUUUAAAGCGGCGUGUGCGGAGAAUUUUAACAACUUUAUUUUUGAAAAAGGUCUUCAGGAGUAUCCUAUGCAGGGCCGCAAAUUCACAUGCAUCAGAAACAAUGGUAGGAAGUUAAGCAAGUUGGAUCGGUUCCUAGUUUGCUCGGAAAUUUUCAAUUCUUGGCCUCAAGCAUGCGUGAGAGUUCUUCCUGGCAGAUAUUCGGAUCAUUGCCCCAUCAUUUUGGAGGUUGCGAACCUUAAUUACGGCCCGCGCCCCUUUCGGGUAUUUAGCUCGUGGAUUGGUCGGUCAGGUUUCGAGGAAGCUGUGAGAGAAGCUUCAGAGAGUUUCGUUGCCUUCGAUCCCCCUGACGUUAGCCUCUCUGCCAAAUUUGCUCUCAUUAGAGGCCGUCUUAAAGAAUGGAGGGACGAUUUUUUAUCCAAAGAGAAGGAAAGUGAGAACUUGGCACUAUCGGAGCUGGAAAAUUUGGAAUCUGAAAUGGAGUCCAUGGAUCUUUCAGAAGAAGAAGAGCGGAUUUUGGCUGAAAAUAAAAAAUUAUUAGAGAAGCAGGUUACAGAAAGAAUUUGGAUCUUAGAAAAAGAGCUAGAACGAAGUGGGCCUUAG